UGUUAUAACUGUUGACAUUUUACUUAAAAACCUCGUGGUUCUCUUUUCUUUAGUUCUUGUAAACAAAAACGUGCAUUUUUGAGCGGAAUUAUUAAAGAAAAUUCCCAUAAAGUGCGACUAAAAGCAGGAAUUGAAAUAAAUAUCAACACAGAGUUGUUUUAUUUCUAACAAAAACUGUAAAAUAUGGGCUUUGGUGGAGGCGGAGGACGUGGCCGUGGUGGCGGUGGUGGUGGUGGUGGCGGCGGCUUCGGUGGAGGUCGUGGUCGAGGAGGCGGUGGUGGCCGUGGAGGAUUUGGUGGACGUGGCGGUGGUGGUGGAGGUCGUGGCGGUUUUGGUGGUCGCGAUCGUGGAAACUUCAACCAAGGACCACCAGAUCGUGUCAUACCCUUGGGUCAUUUCGCCUACAAAUGUGAAGAUGAUUUGGUGUGCAAAGUCGAAAUUGAUGAUGUGCCCUAUUUCAAUGCUCCCAUCUUUUUGGAAAAUAAAGAACAAAUCGGUAAAAUUGACGAGAUAUUCGGCACCGUCAAAGACUAUUCGGUAUCGGUGAAGCUGUCGGAGAACAUGAAUGCCAGCAGUUUUAAGCAAAACCAAAAACUGUUUAUUGAUCCCUCGAAACUGCUGCCCAUAGCCAGGUUUUUGCCCAAACCUCCACAACCUAAGGGAGCCAAAAAGAAGGGUCCUGCUGGAGGUGUUGGUGGUGGUAGAGGUGGUGGCGGCGGUAGAGGAGGUGGUUUCGGCAGAGGUGGUGGAGGAGGCCGUGGUGGAGGCGGUGGCUUUGGUAGAGGAGGAGGUGGAGGUCGCGGAGGUGGUGGAGGCGGUUUUGGCCGUGGCGGAGGAGGUGGUGGCUUUGGCAGAGGAGGCGGUGGCGGCGGUCGUGGAGGAGGUGGAGGCCGAGGACGCUGGUAACGGACUACAAAUUAGAUUUUAAGUAAACCUAUAGUCUUAGGAUUAUGUUAGAAGAGACAAUUUUUUAACAUUUUCAAUAUUUUUAAAUACAAAUAAGUUUUGUUUUUAAAUGUAGGGAUUGUGUUCUCUACGAGAAAGAAUUAACAUGAAGAAAUAAUACAAAAUACGAAAUAUUUUUGUAUGCAUAAACAUUUUGUAAACUAAUUAAAAAGAAAAUCUUGAAAAAUUUAGGAGACCAAUAAAUUAGUCUUCGGAAAAA